AAGCCGCACCCGUCAAAAUGAGGCAGGUGGAGUUGACCUCGUCAUAAAUUGAGUCCGGAAUGCAGGUGCAUUUCAGGUCGCGACAUUCCAGGCCGAUUGUCGUGUCGCAAUCUGGGGUCAAUUGACAAUCCUCGCCGUGACCGAGUUGUCCUAAAGCUCCGUUGAUAAGGAGAAAAGUAAGUGUUAAUAGGAAGGGAAAUUGGGACAUUUUUGGAAAUUUUAUUUUUUUUUUAUUAAAAAUAAUUAUGAAACAGGUAUAUCUUGCUUCCUCAAUUAUAUGUGUGUAACUGCACAAAGGGAACAUGUAUAUAUAUGCACGAUGUACUUAUCAAUCUAGAUAAGGACUUUAAAUUGGUAUUGAUAAUUUCGUUUGAACAAAAUCAACCAAGUUUAUUCCUGGUAAAUGUGACGUGAUCUUGGUCCAAAUCAGGUCUCAUUCUGUAAAAACGAAAAUUAAGGUUAAUGUGAGGCUUAUCUGUGACAUAACGUACUAAACUUUGACUCAGAGCUUAGUCAUUUUAUCACGUCAGAACAUCAUUAGUAAAGCAAUAUUCUCCAAUUUUGUCAUCAAUUUGCUCACAUUGGGAAAAUUGAGACGGCAAUGAUUAUAUGUAUUUAUGCUCAUAUGCAUGAUUUAAACGCCAAAAAGAGGCAACUUGAGACCACCGUUGUUUUUUCAAGAAUUUAGAGUUUUCACCUCAUUUUGACAGUAGAAUUCGUCGUAUACCCCGAAUUAAUUUUGUCAUCGUCAUUAGUUUCCAAAAUUUACAACUUUCAAAAGGUCAUGCAUUUUUUGACUAACUGACUGGCCUUCUCUCAUCUCAUCUGAAAUCUCUCAUCCACACUCUCAUCUCAAUCUCACUUCACGCACGUCAUUUAUUUUCAGCUUUUUGUUGCCAUUCUUUGCCAUAAUUUUUAAACCCGUGGUUUCGAUAAGGUCCAAUUAGUUUAAGGAUAAAUCUUGCGAGAAAUGGGUCAAAAUCAAUCGUUUGGUCCACCCGGUCAAAACAAUGCGGGUGAGAAGAAGCCCGAAAAGAAAAAGUACGAGCCACCCGUGCCAUCAAGGUUUGGAAAGAAGAAGAAAAAGUUCAGUAAUAAGGGACCCGAUGUGGCACAGAAACUUCCACAAAUCACUCCACACGCCUUGUGUCGACUCAAACAACUGAAAACGCUUCGAGUUAAAGACUGGCUUUUGAUGGAAGAGGAAUUUAUCUCAAAUUCGGAACGAUUACGACCACAGGAAGAAAAGGAUGAAGAGGAACAAACCAAAUUGGACAAUUUGCGAGGAAGUCCAAUGGCAGUGGGAAGUUUGGAUGAAAUUAUUGAUGACAAUCAUGCCAUCGUGUCGACCGGAUUAGGGUCAGAAUUCUACGUUGGAAUUAUGAGUUUUGUGGAUAAGGACCAAUUAGAAUUGGGCUGCUCUUUGCUUCUUCAUCAUCGAGUUCAUGCCGUCGUUGGAAUUUUGGAUGAUGACACGGAUCCAAUGGUGGCCGUGAUGAAAUUGGAAAAAGCGCCGCAAGAAACAUAUGCUGAUGUUGGAGGACUGGACACUCAAAUUCAGGAGAUCAAAGAAUCUGUAGAACUUCCUCUCACGCAUCCCGAGUACUACGAGGAAAUGGGAAUUCGACCACCAAAAGGAGUCAUUCUUUAUGGUCCACCAGGAACUGGGAAAACUUUGUUGGCGAAAGCUGUAGCAAACCAGACUUCUGCCACCUUCCUUCGUGUCGUUGGGUCUGAAUUGAUCCAAAAGUAUCUGGGGGAUGGUCCAAAACUUGUCCGUGAACUUUUCCGCGUGGCUGAGGAGCACGCUCCCUCAAUCGUCUUCAUUGAUGAGAUUGACGCAGUGGGGACUAAACGUUAUGAUUCCAAUUCGGGCGGAGAGCGAGAAAUCCAGCGAACCUUGUUGGAACUUCUCAACCAACUUGACGGGUUCGAUUCUCGUGGGGACGUGAAGGUCAUCAUGGCCACCAACCGUAUUGAGACUCUGGAUCCUGCACUUAUCCGCCCGGGUCGGAUUGAUCGAAAAAUUGAGUUCCCACUUCCAGAUGAGAAGACUAAACGCCGAAUUUUCGCCAUUCACACUUCUCGCAUGACGCUUGCCCCUGAUGUGCAGCUGGACGAUUUGGCUAUGGUGAAGGAUGACUUGUCCGGUGCAGACAUCAAGGCCAUUUGCACCGAAGCUGGCUUGAUGGCUUUACGAGAGCGUCGCAUGAAAGUGACAAAUGAAGACUUUAUACAGUCAAAGGAGAACGUUCUUUACAGAAAGAAAGAAGGAGCACCUGAGGGAUUAUACUUGUAGGAUUUUUUUUCAUUUCUGAAUUCCCCAACAUAAAAUUUUUAAUGAUCUCAUUGAGAAACAAUUGAACCGAAAUCUACAAGAAUAAAUUUCAUAAUAAAUUUUAUUAU